UAAUGAUUACUAACGCUGCUUCUUCCUUAAGUCUGUCAGACAGUAGAUCCCAUCCAGGACAUGCUGGACAACAGGUCAGGUGGAAACCAGAGGGCCACCAAGAGAAAGUCUGACGAGAGCCAUGAAAGAGCCAUCAAGACUAGCAGGACAAGUCAAUGUCCCUCCGAGGGCUUCAGACCGUCAUUCAGCAGAGGAAACUUUAACUCCGCUGAGGAUGCUGGGACAUCGACACCCGCCUGCGCCAGCAUUAGCUCCAGAUCUGAGGAGAAGAAGGGCAGGAAGAGGAGGUUCGAGGACACAGAAGCAUACGGGAAGAGGAAAAGAACGUUCAUGAGUCCCAAUGAGGGCACCAGCUACCAGGCCACCACUGAGACCAUCCCUGAGGCCAUCCCUGAGACCAUCCCUAAGGCCAUCCCUGAGACCAUCCCUGAGGCCACCGCUGAGACCAUCCCUGAGGCCAUCCCUGAGACCAUCCUUGACGCCAUCCCUGAGGCCACCCCUGAAACCUCCUUCAGGUCCGGAUCUGAUACCUUCAUCAGCACCAACUCUGAGGAGAAGAAGGGCAGGAAGAGGAAGUCUGAGGACACAGGAGAAUACGGGAAGAGGAGAAAAAUGCCCCUCAGUUCCGGUACGGACACCAGCUACCAGGGCACCAAUGAUACCACCACUGAGUCCACCCCUGAGACCAUCCCUGAGACCACCUCCAGUGAUGAAUUUGACACCUCCUCCACACAAAACAGCAGAGGAACCUUUUACCCUACUGGGGAUGCUGGGAAAUCGGCACCCGCCAGCACCAAAUCUGAGGAGAAGAAGGGCAGGAAGAGGAAGUCUGAGGAAACAAAAGCAUCCGGGGAGAGGACAAAAACGUUCCUACGUCCGAGUGAGGGCACCAGCCACCAGGCCACCACUGAAACCACCCUUAAGCCCAUCCCUGAGGCCUCCUUCAGUUACGGAUCUGACACCUUCUUCUCAGAAGACAGCGGAGAUAUCUUAGACUCCGCUGAGGAUGCUGUGUCAUGGAUACCCGCCAGCACUGACUCUGAGGAGAAGAAGAGCAGGAAGAGGAAGUGUGAGGACACGGGAGACUACGGGAAGAGGAGAAGAACGUCCCUCAAUCCCAGUGCGGACACCAGCUACCCCUGGUACCAGGCACCCCUGCACUACCUCUCGUACCCAUUUCCUUUUCUUUUUAAUCGCUUUUUUCCAUCCAUCCCUGAGACCAUCCCUGAGACCAUCCCUGAGGCCAUCCCUGAGACCAUCCCUGAGGCCACCGCUGAGACCUCCUUCAGUUACCGAUCUGACACCUUCUUCACAGAUGACAGCGGUGAUAUCUUAGACUCCGCUGAGGAUACUGUGUCAUGGAUACCCGCCAGCACUGACUCUGAGGAGAAGAAGAGCAGGAAGAGGAAGUGUGAGGACACGGGAGACUACGGGAAGAGGAGAAGAACGUCCCUCAAUCCCAGUGCGGACACCAGCUACCCCUGGUACCAGGCACCCCUGCACUACCUCUCGUACCCAUUUCCUUUUCUUUUUAAUCGCUUUUUUCCAUCCAUCCCUGAGACCAUCCCUGAGGCCAUCCCUAAGACCAUCCCUGAGGCCAUCCCUGAGGCCACCCCUAAGGCCACCGCUGAGACCAUCCCUGAGGCCACCCCUAAGGCCACCAGUAGCGACUCUGACACCACCUUCCCAGAAGCCACUCUGUUUCACAACAGAGCUGACUUUGAGGAGAAAUAUGAGGAAGAGGGAAUGCUGGGUGAAGGAAGCUUCGGAGCAGUCUUUGCUGGCCACCGCAAAGACGACCAUCUGCCUGUGGCCAUAAAGCGUAUCCGCGAGUUUCUUUACACAACAGUGGAUUUGAAUGGGGAAGUUACAGAUCUCCCUACAGAGGUGGCGCUGCUGCUGUACCUCAAUCCAGCAGGAGCAGGAACCAGUGCCGUGGUGGGCCUGCUGGACUGGUACAAUCUGGACAAUGAGCUGAUUCUCGUCCUAGAGAGACCCGUCCCCUGCAUGGAUCUCUAUGACUAUUUGGUGUCCAUACAGUCAUCAAUACAGGAGGACAUGGGCCGGAUCAUAACAAAACAACUGGUGGAAGGUCUCCAAGAGGUCCACUCCGGAGAAGUUUUCCACAGGGACAUCAAGAUGGAAAACAUCCUCAUCGAAACCGGUUCUGAUGUCCCACGUGUCUGGAUCAUUGACUUUGGCUCUGGCGAAUUUCUGACAGAGGAGAGGUACACUGAAAAUGAAGGUACCCUGUUAUACACUACUCCUGAGUAUAUCCGGCGUGGGUGGUCCACGCCUGAAGCUACCACUGUGUGGCAGCUCGGUGCGGUGCUGUUUGAGAUGCUGCAUGAUGGGGUGACCCCCUUCCAUACCCCCCGUGACAUCAUCAAUGCAGUCCCUGCCAUCCGUGACACUCUUUCCUACAAUUGCCAAGAUUUUAUAGCACGCUGUAUGGACAAGAGUCCAGAGGCCCGACCCACCCUGGAGACUCUUAAGCACCACCCCUGGCUCGUGUGAGCUGUGGUCCUGAGGGAUCCAGUCUGAUGUGAUACAGACUGGACCUCUCGGACCACGGAUGGAUCCCUGAAGACCACGGAAGGACCUCGUCCAGGGUUAACGCUGCUGUAGUCCCCAUAUGUGGCUCCCAUUGCACUCUCUCUUGAAGCAGUAGAAAUCAGACCGAGAGGCUGGUGGCGUCAAUCUCUAGUAGGGCUGUGACGGGGAGGAAAAUUUCUUGUGACAACAUGGGUGUUACCGAUUACACCAGAGAUUUUACAGGAAAA